CCGCCAUAGCUCCUUCAAGCGGGCGAAGAGUCUUUAUGGUAUCAUGCAGGAUACAUAUUUAACUCAUUGCCCUUGCCACUUUCAUCGGAGUACCUUGCCGUCAUCAACCGUAUUGCUUGAUAUUUAGCCCCAGUCAUACGUUACAAAGUCCAGUAAACCAUGGAACCCAAUCCAGAUCAGAAGGUGACGGUAAACAGCUACGGCCGUACCAGCUGGAACAAAGAGGCAUACGCCCAGGAGGCGCUCAGCAGGCGUAAACCCGCGAUCGAGGCAGAUUCAGAGGCCAAAGCAGAGGUCAACGCCGGUACAGUCACAUCACACCAGUUGAUGCAACUGCGCGAGCAGGUAUUGGAGCAGGUGAACCUGAUCAACACUACGACAAUCAUCUCGAAUCAGAUCGCGGCGUCCAACUCCAAACGAGGGAAGGGGGUCGGGUUCUACUGCGACGUGUGUGAUUUGACAUUUAAAGACGAUUACCAGUUUAUCACACACUUAAAUCACCCGGCGCACUUGAAAAAUGUGGGGUUUGACGAGGAUGUGGAGUCCCAGAAAGAAGUGAGCCUCCAGGAGGUGAAGGACCGGUUGGCAAUGCUUAAGCGCAAUUUGGCGUUGAAGCGUGAGGCUGACGGGAAGGAGUUUGACUUGAGUGACCGGAUCAAGAAGCGCCGCGAGUUUGACCUCAAGGAGGAAGAAAAGCGCCGCGUAAGAAGACGGGCGGUGAAGCUGAGGAAGAGAGCGGAAACGGCGUCAGCAGACUCUGAUAUAGCGCAGAUGAUGGGAUUUGGGGGGUUUCUGAGCACUAAAACGUGAUUCUGGAAUAGGUGUCAGAGGGCUGGAAGUAAAGGUCGGAAGGCGAGCUGUCCGAGUGGUUUCCGUGGAAUAUGAUGUUAAUUGAGAUG